AUGGAUGAAGAAGAUCCAAAUAUCACAGGUGGUAUUAGUAUAAUUAGUAAUAAUAAUAAUGACUAUAAUCAGACCAUUGAACAAUCAUCAAUACACUCACAAUUACCUCAGGAUAUAAUAUCGUCAUCUCCAUCAUCUUCAACCUCAAAAUAUCAAUCAUUCAAGAGUAUAAUACAAGAAAACGAAAAUGAUGAAGUAAUAAAUCCACAUCAAAAAAAUGAUGUUAUAUAUGACACGGAGUCACAUCCAGAACCAGAUGGUGAAUUGAUAGGAGAAAUAAUCAUAGAUAAUGACAAAUUCAGUGUUUCAACUGAUUUGAAUACUGAUAAUUUAUCAAAAUCAACGUCUAACUAUUACUUAUAUCAACAACAACAGCUUAAUAUUCACCCAAAUUUUCAAUACAAUAAACACAACGAAUCUAUAUUUGAUGAUGAGAAAUUAUUUCCUUGUUUACCAAUUGCAAAUUCUGCGUCAAAUGAAAAUUUAGUUAAAUAUGAUACAAAUAAUCCAGAAUUAAUCAAUCAUGCAACUAUAAAAGCAUUAAUUGUUCAAUUAACAUCGCCUGAAAUCAUUGACUAUAAUCUAAUUUGUGACUUUUUCUUAACAUUUAGAAUGUUUUCAAAUUCAUUUGAAACUUUAAACUUAUUAUUAACCAGAUUAAUUUGGUCAUUGCAAUAUAUCAACUCCAAAAAUAAUGAAAGUAAUAUUAAAAUAGGUAAAUUAGUGUUAUUGAGAACAUUUGUCGUGCUUAGACAUUGGAUUAUUAACUAUUUCAUUGAUGAUUUUAAUAAUAAUAAUCAAUUAUGUGAUUUAUUUUCAUCAACAUUAAACAAUAUAACAUUAGAAUCAAAUUUGAUAAAACAAGAUGAUGCUAACUCAUUUUUCAUAACUAAAAUUUUCACUGAUUUGAAAAUACAUUGGUUAAAUUUAAUAAAUAAUUUUUGGAAUUUGGGACUUGACUUAGAUUCAAUAAUGGCAAAUAAAUCAAUAUCUUUUAAUUAUCAAUUACCAUUGACUAAUGAAAUAAAUCAUCAUUUGAAUAAUAAGAAACUAUCUAAAUCUAAUACUGACAUGUCAAUUCAUACAAAUCCAUCAUAUAGAAGAUCAGCCAUGCUUUCAUUAUACGAUCAAAAGAUACAUCAUAAAAUGUUGAUAUUUAAUGAAGAACAACAAUCACAGCAAAGCUCCCCAAUUCAAGAUGAGAAUCCACAAUAUUCAAUAAAUAACUUGUUACUACAACAUCAUUCGUCAAGAUUAUCUAUAAAUAACAAAAUUCAAGAAAUACAACUGCAAAAGAUUAGUUUACUUAAUAAAUCACCGGCAUUUUCAAUUUCAAACACAAAUACAAUAUCCAAAGCAUCACCAAUACUGGUAAAUCAAAUUAAUAAUAAUACUAAUGCUACAAGUAUAUCAACUACUCCAACUCGAAAAAUGAAUAAUCGCCGAGGAAUCUUAACCCAAACUACAAGACAUAAUCAUAUGAAUAUUAAGGAUUCUGCUUUAGAGUUGAAAAAAACAAAAACAACAACAAUUCAGGAAGAUGGAGAAGAUGUUGAAAAUGCAAAUAUCACAAUACAAGCAACUAGACCAGAAAGAAAAGAUACUGAUUCAUCUCCACAAGUUGGAAUUGGGUUUUCAACAAAUGGUAAUAUUAAAUUACCUACUUCAAAAGUUUCAACUAUAGUACCACCUACACCAGUCAAGAAAAUGGAUUUCAUAAUAGAUCAAUCACAAUUUAUUGCAUCUCCAAGGAAAAGUCAAAGUCAAAGUACAUUACAACCACCAUCAAAUAUAUCGCUUAAUGAAAAUGAAUUUGGUAGAAAAGGUUCAAUAAAGAAAUUAAUGGAUGGAUGGAAGAAUUCAUUAGUUCAGCAUUAUUCAAAAUCUACACCAGUUACGGCUCAUAUAAUACAUCCAACUAAAUCUAAUAAACACGAUAGUAAUAAUAAUUUAGAGAAAUUAAUUACCAAUGCAAUUAAUGUAAUUGAUUAUGAUAUUGGUGAUAGAGUUGAUGUAUUAAGUGCUAGAAUAAUUGAUGAAUUAGAAUAUUUAAUAACUUAUUAUGUUAAUUCAAGUAGUAUAAUUGUAUCAGAGAAUGAUGAAAAUAAGAAUUUUGUAGAUGUACCUGAAGAAAUCAAUGAUCAUAAUAGUGAAGUAAAUUUACAGCCAAUCGAAAUUUCAUCACCAAUGGAAAAUAAAAAGAACAAUAAUAGUGAUAUAGAUAUCAAUGAUUUAUCAGAAUUGAAUAUAAUCAAAAUUGAUAAUUUGAUUAAUGAUAAUGAAGAUAAUAAUGUUCAAACGGUCAAAGUACAAAGAGAUAAUAACGCUGUAUCGACUGAACAUAUACUUGAUGAAAUUUCCAAUGAUUCAAAUAAUACAUCAUUUCAAAAACCAACAAGUAUAAAUUGGAAUGAUGAAGAAAAUGUUGAUCUUGAAAAAUCAGCUGAAAAGAAUGAAAUAGAAGAUGAAGAUGAAGAAUUUAAUUUUACCAAUAGUAAAAAAUUUGAUGAACCUCCAAAUUUUAAUUUUCAACAAUCAAAUCAUUCGUUUGAAACUUCUACAAUUUCAACUCCAAGUAAUUUAACUCAAUAUGAUGCCGAAAUUGCAGAUUUGGGAAUUGCAAUGAGUCCACAACUGAUUAAACCAAAACGUAUUAGUUUUUGUGAAAAUAUAUCGAACAAUAAUAAUAAUAAUCCAACAACCAUUUAUAACAAAAGAUUAUCAAUUUUAUCAAAAACAUCAAAUAAUUCAGUCUUGAAAAGAGAUUCAAUAAAGUCGUAUAUUAGUUAUGAUUCAGCAUUUUCAGUAUCUAAUGAUUCCAACUCAAUUAAGAAUUGCAAUAGUUUAGAAUAUUCAAAUGGAUUAAAGAAGAAAACUGGAUUUAAUAAUUUGAGAAUUGGUGGCAAUGAAGAAAUGAAAAUUCAAAGAAUAAGUACAAGAUUUAGUACUUUAUGUGCAUUAACAGAAUUGCCAUUUAAUGAAAUGUUAAAUAAUGGUAUUGAAAAACAUUCAUCGAUUGAUUUCUCAAAUAGUUCUGUAUUUUCAGUGGCUAUUAGAUCCAAAAAAAAUUCAUCAUCAAUGAUUGAUAAUAAAGAAUCAUUACAUUCAACUACGAAGACGAUUUCAUCUACCAAUUAUUCUGUUGUACUUCCUGGGAUUAGUAAUUUUGCAUUGAAACAAUUGGCAGCAAUACCUGAUGAAACCUUUCAAUCUUCGGAGGAUCCAAUUGAAAAUGCAUUAUACAAAUUAGAAGGAAAAUCACAACCAUCAAAACUGACAUUGAAAUCAAAAGAAACACAUAAUCAUAAUGACUAUAUUGACGAUACACAAGAAAUAUUAAAUCAAAUUCAAAAUGCAAAUACUGAAGAUUGCAUAACUUAUGAUUUCACAAUGAAUGAUAUAAAAUCAGAAGAAAGUCCGUUAACACCAAUUAAAACACAAAGAACUGAUAAUACAAAUAUAGACACUACAAAUUCAAAUCCAUUGACAUCAACUCCAAAUCAUAAUAAUACUACUACGUUCCAUCAUUCGCCAAAGAUUAUACUUGAUGGGUACUCUCCAUCUUCAGAUUUAUUAUCAAUUGAAAAUAUUAUGAGUUCAAAAUCACACAUUUCAUUCAUUUUAUCAUAUACUUCACAAUCCUUAGCUGAACAAUUCACCAUGAUUGAGAAAGAUAUGUUACAAGAAAUAGAUUGGAAAGAUUUAAUCGAAUUGAAAUGGAAUAAAGAUAUAACACCAAUAAAUUCUUGGUUGGAAACCAUAAUUAAUGAUAAUUAUUAUAUCAAAAACAAGGGGGUUAAUUUGGUAAUAUCCCGUUUUAAUUUAAUGGUCAACUGGAUAAUUUCUGAAAUUUUAUUAACUUCAAAUGAGAAUGAAAGAAUCAAUAUAAUUUCAAGAUUUAUUCAUAUUGCUCAAAAUUGUUUAAUGUUGCAAAAUUUUUCCACCCUUAUGCAAAUUAUUCUUGCAUUAACAUCUCAAAAAGUUCAAAAGAAUUUGAAAAAUACAUGGAGGAAUUUAACUCCGGGUGAUAUUUUAAUGUUGAAAAAUUUAGAAGAAUUAGCAUCACCAUUGAAAAAUUUCUUAAAUAUUAGACUUGCAAUUAAUCAAAUCAAGCCUUCAAAAGGUUGUAUUCCAUUUGUUGGUUUAUAUUUAUCUGAUUUGACUUUUAAUUCUGAAAGAUCAUCGAUUAUAAAAAAGACUGAAAUUGGAAAUGGGAAUGAUAGUGAGAAUAAUUUGGUUAAUUUUUCAAAGUUUAGAACUUCGGUGCAUAUUGUAAAGUCCUUGAGUCAAUGUAUUGAAUGGUCAAAUAAUUAUACGUUAAAAAUUGAGAAGGAAUUGUUAUCAAAAUGUUUAUAUUUGAAAAGCUUGGAUGAAGUUGAAAUGAAUUAUUGUGUAGAAGUUAUAAACGACAAAUAA